GAGUGUGUAAGUGCAGACUUGCUGGCUGAUGUAACUAGAAGCACCUGAUGUAGAAUGUGUUAAAUACAAUCACAAGGUCGACUGGCCAUAAGAUGACCUUCAUCACUACUUUUUGCCUAAUCUAAAACUGGAAUCAUUCUCUUCAUCAUGUCACUGUUGACACACGUGUUGGCUUGCCUCUUUGGCAUUGGCUCAUGGGUCGCCAUCAAUGGGAUGUGGGUUGAGCUCCCACUGAUUGUACCAGAGAUCCCUGAAUAUUGGUACCUUCCCUCCUACCUCACCGUUAUCAUCCAGUUAGCAAACAUUGGACCACUGUUUAUCACACUUAUGCACCGCUUCAGGCCGGGAGUACUGGAUAAGCGGCCAGUCAUCUACACCAUUAUUGUGUUGGGUAUCCUGGCCACCUUUCUAUUGGCCUUCCUCUGGAAGCACACACUAUUUGUGGGAACUGCUGAACAUAGUGUAGCUCUGCUGUCUCUCAGUUUCCUCCUGUCAGUGGUGGACUGUACCUCCUCUGUCACCUUCCUGCCUUUUAUGAUGAGGCUCCAGCCUCAGUACCUCACUACCUACUUUGUCGGAGAGGGUCUAAGUGGCCUGAUUCCAGCUAUUGUGGCUUUGAUUCAGGGCGUUGGGGUGGUCCAGUGCAAAAAUGCCACAGCUACUACAAAUUUCAGCAUGGUCAACUACACCGAGGCGACCAGUAAUGAAUUGCAGGCACAUUACCAGCCAGCUAACUUCUCUGUCCAGGUCUUUUUUCUGUUCCUAAGCUCCAUGAUGGCGGUCUGCCUGGGUGCUUUUGUGAUGCUUAACUACCAUCCUGCUGUAGCACAAGAACAUAAAUGUGAAAAGUAUCUUGAUAACACAAAGCAUGAAGAGACGGCUGACGUUAGCCUCUCCCUGCAGAACCGUCCUGCAGAACAAACACCCAUGCUGGAACAUCCAGAAGAUCAAGCAAAUAAACCUCACAGCACCUUUGGGAAAGGAACUUACAGCAGAGCAGAGGUGGUUUUCAUUUUUGUUGUUCUGGCUUGGGUUAAUGCAUUAACCAAUGCAGUUCUUCCUUCAGUACAGUCCUACUCCUGCCUACCAUAUGGUAAUCAGGCCUAUCACUUGGCAACCACUAUGGCUGCGGUGGCUAACCCUGUGGCCUGCUUUAUCGCCAUGUUCUUUCCUAUCAGGUCUCUGACGCUGAUGGGGGUUCUUACAGUCACUGGUACAGGAUUUGGAGCUUACAUCAUGGGCCUGGCAGCAAUGAGUCCCUGUCCUCUAUUGGUUUAUCAUGAAUUAGGAGCUGCACUCAUGGUGAUAACUUGGGUGAUAUUUGUCCUCACUCUGUCCUACGUGAAGGUGAUAAUUGGGGUGAUCCUGCGAGAUGAAGGACACAGCGCCCUCGUGUGGUGUGGCGCUGUAGUACAACUUGGUUCCAUGUUAGGGGCAAUGUCAAUGUUUCCUUUAGUCAGUGUUUAUGGACUCUUCAAAUCAGGUGAUCCCUGUAACACUAAGUGCCCUAAAUAAAACAGUCUGAGUGAAAGCUUUGCAUAACUGUGUUACAUUACAUCUUUCCAGAAAAUAAGUUUUAAAAAUACAUUGAAUAUACUCGACUGAAACGUUACAAAAGAAAUAGACCGCUUUUCCUAAAUACUUGUACUGUACUGUGUUGGGAAGUGUUUAAGUGCACUAGAUUAGUUACAUAAGACAGAGCUCUAAUGCUGCAGACCAAUAUAAUGAUAUACAGUUGGGGCCAUAAGUAUUUGGACAAUAACAUGAUUUUCAGAAUUUUGACUUUGUACAGCACCACAAUGGAUUUAAAAUUAAGAAAUCAAUGUGUGAUUAAAGUGCAGACUUUUGCAUAUAAUAACAAAAAAAUAUUGCCUUAACUGUUUAGGAAUUACAAACAUUUUUACAAAGUCCCUCUAUUUUGACAGGCUCAAAAGUAAUUGAAUUGAAUAAUUGAUUGAUCAGCAGUUUAAUGGCCACUUGUGGCCUGUUUCCUCAGUAUGUCAUCACUAAUUAGGGAAAUACAUGGUCUAAUGUUAAUUACAUUUGGUAGCUGAUAAUGAGAACUCCUAAUAUUUGGUACAAAGAGGUGUUGAUGCAAGUGGAGGAAAGUAAAACAAAACAGACCUAUCCGAGAAAUAGCAAAACUCUGUGAUUUGGUAUGGCCAAAUCAACCAUUUAGGGUUUUUAUUUAUUUAUUUAUUUUUAGAUUAAAUAAAAUGAAUGCACUGUUGAACUCAGCAACAUAAAAAAGCCCAGAAGACCAUGAAAAUGAAGUGUAUGAUUGCUAAAUUCUGGCCUUAGAUGUAUUGUAUCAUUGUCAAACCUAACACUCAAGAGAAGCCUUCAUACAUGUAAUAGGGGUUUACCUUUAAUUCUAAUGAAAUGCUCUUUAAUUCAUGCGGCCACUGCCUGCCUGAAUGAUUUGCAUCCUUGUAGUUAUAAUUUUUAGUUUGUCCUGAUACUUUUGAGCCUGGCAAGAUAGAGUGUGUAAUUUCUAAAUGGGCAAUGCAAUAAUUUUGUUUAAUCCCUGACAUUAAUUUUAAAGUUUACACUUCAGUCUUGAUUCACUUUAUAUUUUGAUUUAUUCAUUUCAAAUCCAUUGUGGUGGAGGCAAAAUUAUAAAGCUUGUGUGACUGUCCAGACCUGAUUGUGUUUGUCAUUGGUUAAUGUUAAUUUAACCAAUGGUUAUUAAAAAGUGCCUUCACGGGAUGCUAUUUAAAUCUACUGUUCAAUUUAUUAUUGUUAUUAUUAUUAUUAUUAUUAUUAUUAUUACAUUUUAAUUUGUUUACCACUUUUUCACGUUGUGUAUCUUAAA